AUGCAAGUCUUCCAGAUAGCCAUAACUACGUUCAAUAAGUUCAGUACCGUUUGUACGUCACAGCCCACGUGGGUGUGGGACCAGACGGAUCUUUGGGAGUUUGUUCCUUUGACAGAACCUGCUUUUGUCCAAAAUCUCGACCCAAUAUACGUGCCUACCAAAAACCACAGACUGGAAACUCCUUUCGAUGAAGAUUCCCAAACCCUUAUUUCCAAUAUUGAUUAUAAUAAUUCCAAAAGCAAACAUUAUCCCAAUGAUGAUAUUGAUACUACUUACACUAAUACAAUCAACAGCGGAGACAAUCAAACUUUGGCUAGAGAGUGA